AUGUCAGACGCCCAAAAUGACGCUGUAAAGGAGAACUCCCAAGUAACAUUCUUCUGCACUGCUGAGAGUGUACCACCCCCAGAGCUUGAGUUGCGUUUUGAUGACUCACCAUUGGGUUUCUUCAACAAUGGCAGGUUUACACUCAAACAACUCAACGCCUCUAAUCAAGGAGCUUAUGGAUGUGUUCCACGCAACAUUCUGGGGACUGGCCCGGAAGCAACUCUCCACCUGACCGUAUUAGUUCCUCCAAGCAUUGAUAAAGGACCAACUAAUAAAACAGUGAAUGAGUCUAGUGACCUGGAACUGUUCUGUAAUGCGACUGGAAAUCCUCCACCAAAUAUCACGUGGUCCAAAGUAGCGGUUCCUCCCGUACAACUCUCAUUUGAUGAAGUGUUAACAGUGAAGAAUACCAACAAAACCGAUUCUGGAGUUUAUCAAUGUAGAGCCAACAAACCUGAAGGAACUCGCCUGACAUCAGACGCCCAAAAUGAUGCUGUCACUGAGAACUUCCAAGUAACAUUCCACUGUACUGCUGAUAGUGUACCUCCUCCAGAGCUUGAAUUGCUGUUUGACAAUUCAUCAUUGGGGUUCUUUAUUAAUAACAAGUUUUCUCUGGCAAUUGUUAACGCCUCUAAUCAAGGAACUUAUAAAUGUGUUCCACGCAACAUUCUGGGAACUGGCCCUGCAGCAACCCUAAACCUGACAGUCCUUGGACCAAGUAUGAGCAAUUAG